AUAGGGUCGCCAUCAGCUCUAUACGACUGCACUAAUCCAGACUGGGCACCUACUCAGAAUAUGGGCCAUGAUAACAUAGCUCCUGAGAGUGUGGGUAAUGCUAUGUCGAAAUACAAACGAGCUAAAGAAAGGGAAGCUAACAAGAAACAAGCUGCAUCGAAGAAAAGAAAAACGUCAUGUUCAGCAACCUCUUCAACUGCAGCUGCUUCUGAGGUUUUUUCUGCAAGUGCCAGCUUUGUGGAUGCUGGAGGAAAUACUAGCGCUGAAGGUUUGCGCAAUAAUGUUCAUUUGAUAAAACUCUUAUAUUUCAAUACAUAUAUAUUUGAAUGUUUUUCAUUUAUUUCAGGUGAGGCUAUAGAAAUUGAGGAUGUGGAUGUGGAUCCCCAGACCAAAGGUUGUCAAACUGAUAACUGUCUUGUGGUUGACAGGUCAUGUCAAACAGAUAUGACCUUGGCAGAUUUUGAUCCUCAACAUGGGUACAUCCAAUCCAUUACUACUGAGCUCCACGACUGGAAAAAAACUGCCUUGCAGUUGCAAAUUUCUCAGAAUGGAUUUAAAGAUAAUGAUCAGAAAACAAAAUUUUACUCG